AUGAAAUGUAUUCUAAUAAUACUUUUAUAUUUAAAUUUUACAUCUACUUUAAAAAGUAAUAAAGCAUCAAAAGUUUUAAAAAAAUCUAAAAAUCCAAUGUUUACUAUUUUAAGUUGGAAUUCAAGGUGGUGGGAAGAUUUUGGUGUUUGCAAAAAGUAUAAUUGUUUAUAUACAGAUAAUAGAAAAUUAUUAAAAAAUGCUGAUGCAAUAAUGUUUAAUGAUUUUUUUUAUAAUUGUGAUACUGAUAUGAAAAAUAUUGUUAAAAGACCAAAAAAAAGUACACUUUAUGUUAAUGUUUUUUCUGAAAGUUUUGUUAGAAAUAAGAUAAGAUUAGGAAAGUUAUCAUUACCAUAUCCAAAAAAUUAUUUUAAUCUUACAUAUACUUAUUUACCAAAUGGAGAUAUUUAUAGAUCAUAUGGAAAUGACACAUUUCAAAUAAAAAAUUUAACAUCACAUAAUAUUCAAAUUUUGGAAGAAAAACUUCAUAAAAGUUUUAAAAAUAAGAAAAAAGAUAUAAUUUGGCUUGUUUCAAAUUGUGAAACACCAUCUGGAAGAAUGAUAGCAGUUAAUGCAUUAAAAAAAUAUUUAAAUGUAGUACAAUAUGGUUCAUGUAAUAAAAAAUCUAUAAAAUUAAGUGAUAAUGAAAAGAAAAAAUUAUUUGAGAAACAUUAUUUUUAUAUAGCAAGUGAGAAUACUGAUUGUAAACAUUAUAUAACUGAAAAAUUUUUUGAACGUUUUUUUUAUGAUUCUAUUCCAAUUGUAAGUGUUAGGAAAUUGUAUGAUGGAUAUGCUCCUCCUAAUUCUUUUAUUGCAAUGGAUGAUUUUGAAUCACCUCAAAAAAUGGGUGAAUUUUUAAAUAAAUUAAAAAAUGAUAAAAAUGAAUAUUUAAAAUAUUUUGAAUAUAGAAAAUUAGGAUGGGUACAAAAACAAGAAAAAUUUGAUUCUAGAUGUUAUAUUUGUAAAGAAUUAAUAAAAUUUUACAAGUCUAAAAAACAACGUAUAUAUCCAGAUAUAAAAAGAUGGCAAAAAGAGUCUAAUGAAUGUUUACCUAAUAAUUAUAUACCUAGAAAAUGGAAAUUAACAAGAUAA